AUGUCAUUAUUUAUACCUUCAUCAGAUAAUGAAAGUGAUGAAAAUUUAUUUAAUAAGAAUAAUGAUGAUGAUAAAAAUAUAGAAAAUGAUCAAGAUAGUCUACCUAGUAUUCCCAAAACAAGAACAACAACAACUAGAUCUUCAUCAACUAUCAAGCCAAAACAAUUACGAUUUACUGCAUCAACUACUCAAAUUACUCACUUAUCGGAAGUAUUCAAUUGUUUAAUAUCAAUUAAUAACCAAGCUAUAAUUAGUAUACGACCUACAGGUAUAACAUUAUAUUCAACUUAUAAUUAUACAACAAAAGUGCACCUAAACAUAGAUCCAAGUUUAUUUAAUAUAUAUAAUAUUACAACUGAUCAAGAUGAAGUAUUAGAUGAUGAUGAAUUAAAGCUUGGAGUUGAUAUAAGUUUAGUUGCAGAUUGUUUCAAUUCAGUUCAAAACACGUUGAAAUUUGAUUCAUCAGUUACUUGUUAUAUAACAUAUAAUGGUGAUGGUCAUCCAUUACAAAUAGAAUUUGAAGAUAAUUCAAUAAGUGAAAAAUUGGAGUUUUAUACAUUUUAUAUUGAAGAUAUGGAUGAUGAAGAUUAUUCAAGUAAUUCAAAUUUAGCAAUUGAUUAUGAAAAUAUUAUUUUGGAAAUUAUUGUCAAGAGUGAUGUUUUAACAAGUCUUUUACAAGAACUAAAUCAAAUUCAUACUGAUUUAUUAUUCAUUUAUGCAGCAGAAGAUAAAUUAAAUUUCAUAAGUUCAGGAUCAAUAGGAAUGUCAAAAUUAAUAUUCCCUAAUGAAAAAUCAAUUUUAGAAAAAUCAAUAAUUGAUAAAUUAAAUUAUCCAUAUAUAAUAUCACAAUUUAAAUUUGAAGAAUUUUUUAAAAUUUUUAAAUCAGUAAAAUUAAGUUCAAAAUGUAAAAUUUUAAAAGAUUUAAAAGGUUGUUUUUCAAUUCAAUUAAUAUGUAAAAAUAAUCAACAAAGUCAUUAUUCAGGUACUUUAAUUACUUUAAAUAUGAAUGAAUUGAUUCAUAAUGAUUAUUUAAUAGAAUGGAUAUUACAAGAUGAAUUGAGUGGUCAAUCUACAAUACCAGUAACUGAAACCUUAUCAACCAAUAAAAAUGUUACUUUUGAAUCUAAUAUUCCUAGAUUACCUCAUGAACCACUAAUUAAUUCAUUUAAAAUGUCGAAGAAAAGAAAAGAAAUUUAA